CCGCCCGCGCCAGGGAACAGCUCGCGAUGGGUUGCUCCGUGGUGCUCGAACGCCUCCGUGACGACGCGACUGUUCACAGUGGAGGCAAACCAUAUGGCUGCGAACACUGUGGCGAACAUUUUAUAAAUAAGUCUAUUUUAAGAGAACACAUACAAUGUACUCACUUAUCAUCUGGAUCCAAGAAAUUUAAUUGUGAUUUUUGUAGUUCUAUAUUUCAAACUAAAUUGCUUGUAAUAGAGCAUGAAAAAAGUGAACACGGUGUUACAAAUUUCAUGUGUGCUGAAUGUGAGUAUUCAACAAGUUCCAAGAAGAGUUUGCGGAUCCAUAUAAAGAGUCACCGUAUCCAUGUUAACCUUAACCAAUCAUACUUACAAAUACACCAGAUGAUACACACUGGGGCGAAGCCAUUUCAAUGUAGCUACUGCGACUACAGGUUCAGGCAGAAAGGACACUUGCUAGUACAUCAGAGGACACACACCGGGGAGAAGCCUUUUCAGUGUAGUCACUGCGAUUACAAAUUCACUCAAAAAGCAAACCUGAAAAGACACAUGAUGAUACACACUAGUGAGAAGCUAUUUAAAUGCAGCAACUGCGACUACAGGUGCAGGCAGAAAGUAAACCUGCGAUUACAUCAGAUGACACACACCGCGGAGAUCCCUUUUCAGUGUAGUCACUGCGAUUACAAAUGCCGUCUAAAAUCCGACCUGGAAAGACACAUGAUGAUACACACUGGGGCGAAGCCAUUUCAAUGUAGCAACUGCGACUAUAGGUGCAGGCAGAAAGUGAACCUGCGAAUACAUCAGAUGACACACACCGGGGAGAUCCCUUUUCAGUGUAGUCACUGCGAUUACAAAUGCAGUCGAAAAUCAAACAUAAAACUACACAUGAUGAACCACACUGGGGCGAAGCCAUUUCAAUGUAGCCACUGCGACUACAGGUGCAGGCGGAAAGGAGAAUUGCUACUUCACCAGAGGACACACACCGGAGAGAAACCUUUUCAGUGUAGUCACUGUGAUUACAAAUGCAGUCAAAAAUCUAACAUAAAAAUACACAUGAUGAAACACACUGGGGCGAAGCCAUUUCAAUGUAACUACUGCGACCAGAGGUGCAGGCAGAAAGGAGAAUUGCUAAUACACCAGAGGACACACACCGGAGAGAAACCUUUUCAGUGUAGUCACUGUGAUUACAAAUUCAGUCAAAAAUCAGGCCUAAAAAAACACAUGAUGAUACACACUGGGGCGAAGCCAUUUCAAUGUAGCAACUGCGACUACGGGUGCAGGUGGAAAGGAGACUUGUUAGUACACCAGAGGACACACACAGGGGAAAAGCGUUUUCAGUGUAGUCACUGUGAUUACAAAUGCAAUCAAAAAUCUGGCCUAGAAACACACAUGAUGAUACACACUGGGGCCAAGCCAUUUCAAUGUAGUAACUGCGACUACAGUUGCAGGCAGAAAAGAGACUUGUUAGUACAUCAGAGCACACACGCAGGGGAGAAGCCCUUUCAGUGUAGGCACUGUGAUUACAAAUGCAGUCAAAAAUCAGCCCUAAAAAGACACAUGAUGAUACACACUGGGGCGAAGCCAUUUCAAUGUAGCAACUGCGACUACAGGUGCAGGCGGAAAGGAGAAUUGCUAACACACCAGAGAAUACACACAGGGGAGAAGCCUUUUCGGUGCAGUCACUGCGAUUAUAAAGGCCGUGAUAAAUCAAGCCUACAAAGGCACCAGAAGGCGCAUGCUGGGCCGAAGCCUGACAACGCAGCAAUAGCGACUACAAGUGCAGCCUGAAACAGCACCUACAAAGACAUCAUUUUUUUUAAAUCUAAUACUUUAAACAUACCGAAUACCCACAAACUCUGUUCCUAAUCCUAGUUCAAUUCAAUACUAUACUUUAUAAUACCUCCUUUUAUUUAAAAUGUCAUAUCCAUUAGUAUAAAAGUCAUUAUUUUGUUAGUUUCUUAUGUCAAAUCCUUGUAAGUAUAAAGAAAUGUCUACUCUAAUACAAUAUUAAAUAUCAUCAUUAAAAAACACAUGUAAAAUUCGAAGUAAAAAUAAACUUAAUCUACAAAAGUUAAACAUUAAAUUUGUAUGGUUAAAAGUCGUAACAUAUUAGGUGACAUACUUUCAUAUUUUUAAAUCUGAAACUAGAAACAUAUAAUUUAAGUGUUACUUACUUCUCUUUAAAUUUAAUUUAAGGCCUUGCUCUAGCUACAGAUUAGAAAAGAAUGCGCUCAACGUAAGGGCUCCUCAGAUCUUCUAUCAAAUUUUAAAGCUGUAACACACUACCGCACCGAACCGCGUCCAUGGUGUGCCGCACCCACAAGUGAGAGCGGGAAAGAGGUAUUUCAGAAGUAAAAAGCACAAAAUUCAGAUUUUCUAUGCCACGAUAACCCUUCGCGCCUACUUUUCUUAAAUUUGCCGCUCUCGUUCUACUGACGAAAAUGGCUUGACAGACUAUACAAAUAUUCAAGGCGUAUCCAGACUAGUCAAUUGUUCGCUAAUCCGGUAAAAUUGCCCGAUCGAAUCAGAAUGUAUGUGAAUAAUCAGGGAAAUGUAUCUAUAACAUUUUUAGUAAAAACGUGGUAACAGAAUUUAUGGACCGACUAGGUAACAGUGGCGGCGCGUCCAUAAAAGCCGAUUCCUACCGGCUUGCCUGUUUUUGGACGUUUGAGCAGAGUUGUAAAGGAAAUAUGUAAGCCAAAUUAGCCCCGGCUUGCCUAUGAAUAUGUUUGACGCGCCGCCACUGCUAGGUAAGGUAAGGGGUAUCCAGACGGGACUGACGAAAUCAGUCGAUUUGUUCAGGAAAAUAAUUGGUCAAUCUCAUCUAGCGUCCACACGUACACAAGUUAAAUCACCAAUUUGCAUUCUACUAUGAAA